AUGCAAUUGAACGCAUCCUCCAUCUUGACGGUCAUCGUCAACGGCCAGCCCACCGAGAUUUCGUGGCCACAGCUGGCGUCGGCGGUCGCGUCCUCGCCGACGAUCGCACCUCUCCACACGCUCGACCUCUUUUGGUUUGUCUUUGGCGGCGUCCUCGUCUUCCUCAUGAUGCUCGGCCUCGCACUCCUCGAGAUUGGCUGCGUGCACAAGAAGAACACCAAGCACAUUCUCAUCCGGAUUCUUGGCGACUGCUGCAUCACGGGCUUGACGUACUAUGCAUUUGGCUACGGCUUUGCCUUUAUGGACGGCAAUGGCUUUAUCGGUUCGUCUGGCUUUUUCAUGCAAGGCGCCGCGUUCGUCGGCGCCUCCGAGGGCCAUGCGUACAGCGGCCACCGAUACGCCGACUGGUUCUUCCAGUGGGCGAUCGCGUCCGUAGCCGUCAACAUUUGCCACGGCGCGGUGGCCGAGCGCAUGCAACUGCGCGCGUACUUUGUCUACUCGUUCUGCGCCAGCCUUUUCAUCUACCCGGUCUGCGCGCACUGGGUGUGGGCCGAGACGGGCUGGGCGAGUAUGUUCAACGAAGGUCACCUCUUCUUGGACAUUGGCGUCAUGGACUUUGCCGGCACUGGUUGUCUGCACAUGUUUGCAGGCACGUCGGCGCUCGUCGGGUGUCUCUUGCUGGGUCCGCGCACGGGCCGCUUUAGCGAGAAAGGCGACGCGUGUGAGCUGCCGCAGCAGUCGGUGUUGUUCCAAUGCAUGGGCACGAUGAUUCUCUGGUUUGGCUGGUACGGUUUCAACUGCGUCUCGACGCUCGGUCUUGGCGGCACCAAAGGCGACGUCAUGGCCAAGGUCGCGGUCAACCUCACGCUCUCGGCGUGCACGGCCGGUCUUCUCACGGUGCUUCUGGACAAGCGGUUUGUCACUAAGACGUAUGACCUUGGCCAGGCCAACAAUGGCAUUCUCAUUGGGUGCGUCUCCGUCACGGGCGCGUGUCCUGUGCUCGAGCCCGAGGGCGCCAUUCUCAUGGGCGUUCUGGGCGCGGUGACGUAUCUUUUGCUCAAGAUUUUGCUGGCGCGCGCCGGUGUCGACGAUGUUGUCGAUGCAAUCCCUGUGCACGGCGGCGGCGGUUUCCUCGGGACGCUCGCGCCCGGCAUGCUGGCGUCCCCGGGUAGCGUCAAGAUGUUUUACGGCAACGAUCGGACCAACUGCGGCUUCCUGUACACUUGCGAGGGCGGCGGAGGCAAGCAGUUUGGCGCGCAGAUCGUGUACGCGAUUGCAAUCUUUGCCUUUGUCGCUGGCUGCUGCUGGCUCCGCGUCUCGCUUGAAGCCGAGGCCAUGGGCUUGGAUGCGUUUGAGCACGGCGGGUCGGCGUACAAUGAUGGCGACGAAGCGACGCAGACAAACCAAGAAAGCUACCAUGAUGCCAUCGAGAGCCCCAAUGGGCCAUAA